AAUUAGGCAAAAACAAUCUGCCUCUUGUUAUUUCUUCCACAGAUGAACAGACACCACAUCAGUCAUUCACCGAUGAUUGGAAUAAGGGCUUCUUUGGUGGCUACUGCGUGGAUUAUAACUGAAUGACAAUACCUCUCCAGAUACCAGACAUGGAUAUGAGCAAUAAGACACCGCUUCUUGUCUUCCUGAUUGUCUACAUAAACUGUGUGUCAGGACUGGACGUCCCUCAGCCUGACCAACUGGUUGUGAAUAUUUUGGAUGGGGAGGUAAUAGUACUUUGGAGACACCCUGCGAACGCCCCAUCAAACUCCCGGUACAAUGUAGAAAUGGCAAAGUACACUGAUGAAUGGGCCGUGGUGGCCAGCUGCACCGGGAUCAAGAGUACCAACUGUGACCUUAGCAGCCUUGUAGAUGACUAUCGCAUUGCAUACAAAGUCAGAGUUCAGUUGGUUGCAGGAGAUGACGUGUCUGUGUGGAAACAGAAGAAAUUUCUCCCAAAUACAAGCGAGUUGCAGCCUCCGUCCUUCACCUUGUGGGCAACUUCCAGCACUCUGACAGUUUAUGUUCACCAAAAAAACAUUCUGAAAAAAAUAUUUCCUUAUGGGCUCACCUACACCAUAUACCUGGAGGAGAGAGGACAGCAUAAAAAGAACACAACAGCAUACCUGAAAGAUGACGUGGGGGAGGAUCAGAGGACUAAGUCUUUCAGUUCUCUGCGCUGGGGGCGAGAGUACUGUGUCAGCAUCAAAGUAGAGGGCAUUGGAGCUCUGUCCACCAGCAGGAUGUCCCCUAAACAGUGUCUGCUGCUACCAGAGCAAGAAUGGUACAUGAUUGCUGUGUCAUCCUUAACUAUUCUGGGUGUGCUGGCCAGUUUUGCUAUCAUGGCAAGCAUUCUCUUGUGUUACCUGAGAAGUCCAAAGAAAACACCUGCUGUAUUGAAAUCGACUGUAAGUGGCUGGCUUCCACUCUCUGUUGGAGAAGGGACUAUGGAGGUUGUUACAGACAAAGGAUGGUUGCUGUCCAGCUACAAAGCAGAAGUGAAAAACUGUGUCAAAGAUCCAGUGACACAUAAUACGGUAACAGAGGACGAUAGAGAGGAGGACAGGAGGACCAGCAUGGACAGCGGCUUGGGCAUGGAGUCCAAUUCUGCUACAACCAGCAGAGGAAGUCCUCCAAUGAGACAAGAGGACAGUGGCUGUGGGAGCUUAGGAGAACAAGAGAGCUCCACUAGCUGUCAGACAGAUUACCCUCUGAAGGAUGAGAGGACUGGUACUGACAUGGCUCGGAAGAGGGAGUACAGUGGGUUGGGACUGUGCUGCCAGCUUGAUUCUUCUUCCACAAAUCUGGAUGGACAGGACAGUGGAUCUCUAGAGGUUGCUGGGGGUAAUUAUCGCAGCCAUAGCCCCUCUGUGCAGAUUCAUGUCUGUGAUGAUGAGAAGCUGUUUAAACAGAUGCUUCCUGACUCAGUUUUGGCUGAAGUGGUCACAGGUUACAGGGCUGGGCUUCAAUCCUGUAUUUGUUCAGGAUCAGGACAGUGCACUUGGUGCCAUAAACAAGGCCAUUAUGGAACUGAGAUUAUCAAACAAUACAGAGCUAUGUGUUUUGAAAUUGGACUAUUGAGCAGCAAAUGUGAUUUUGUGGACUCUUACAAAGGGGAGCUCACAUUUUCAAGUUAUUCUAAAAAAACACAAAUGGACACUGUCGUGGUGGAUGACUUAGAAACAACUUUUAUACAACUGGGGGAGACUUUCCCUCUGCUAACAGCUCUAUCGCCACUGCCCCUAGUGGACAGAGGACAGGACUUCAAUAUGAACAACCUGCCCCUCUCUCUCUGUGACGUACAGCUGAAGACUGACUGAUGCGCUGCGGAAUGCAACAAUGCUAUUUAUAACAUCAUGCUGAUAUAACCUCCCUACCAUAGUACUAUAUUGGAUCAUUUCCUUUGCCUCCAUGACACAAUCAUUCAAAUAAAUAAUUUGAGUCAUGAAAUAGAAGCAUUAGUCAGUAUUUGAGUGCAGAGGAAUUGCUCUUACACGGGAAAAAUGUAAGGAGAAACAGAACAAGCCCCGGCUAUUAUUGAACAUAUGAAGGAAACAGACGUUAGACCACACAGCUGCUGGCUGUUAACUGUUGGUUGGAGUCUCAGGAGCUUCUGGAGAUGAAGAGCAGAAGACCUUAUUCAACCCUAUCACACUGGGUAUAUUUACAACAGACUUAACUGCUGUAUGCCGGAAGUGAAACUGGUGUGGGGAGCAAUGCAGAGAAACAGUUUGACAGUUACAUGCUCUUUGACAUUUUGCGACUUCUCCCUGCUCUCACCUACGCCAACAUUGUCCGUAACCAACCCAAAAAGUUUCUGAAAAGGAUUUAUUUUUCUCACCACUAUCUAAACAGUAAAAUUCCUGUUCAUCAUUUUAAAGUAGUUCAAUAUCAAGUGGCGUCAAAUAAAAGAGCAAACAUGUUGCUUGCUAUUUUCAAUGAUGUGCAGGACAUUUUGUCUCAGACAUGAAGCCAGUGACAUUCAUAUGCCUUGUAGCCUAAAUAGCCGGUCUGUCUUUCAGAUACUUCCCUGCUUAAGUUAUUUAUUGGGUUUUCAUUGUGUAUUAAUGUGAUUGUGACUUGUCUGUCAUUAAAAGAAACUGUCUCUGGAAUGUUCACAAAAAAAAAACAACCAAAUGACAUUAUGUUGAUUUCAGAAACCAUGACUCGAAGAAACCCAGAAACAACAGAGUGAUACUCAAUGGAAAGAACAAACAUUACAUAUCACUUUGCUGUACAUGGGAUCCCCAUAUGCAAAUUCUGUGUACAGGAACCAGAGCGGUGGUUUUGAAGCUGAACUAAGAAAAAAACACUUCCUCUUACAGGCUUCCACUCUGUUCAAAAAGUCCUGCUUCACUUUGAAUAGAGCAAAUAUUGUCAACAGGGCUGACGUUUCAGAUAACCAACAGUUAUCUAGGUGAAAUAAUAUCUUCAUUGAAGCUGUUAGGAAAUACCACUCUUGAUAAAGCAGAUCCCUGUCAGAGGUGAGGAGAUCCUGUGACCUACUAAACAUACAUGACUACAGGGGAAGUGAGACAGCUUUUGGCUAGUGCUAAAGGUUGACAAAAAAAAUCUGUCUUCGAACUGCAAAGUAUCACGUUCCUGGUUUUGUAGUACGUGUUAACUAACGAUCACCAAAUGUAUAUCAUAGUUCAUCUUCUGUUCUUUACCACUCCAUGUUUGGCUGCUGUUAGGAGGCUUUGUGGAAAACAUUUUCUGUUGAGCUCCUACUGAUCCUAUCACUGUUUAGUGCUGCCAGUGUACUCCAAUGCUAGAAUAAUACUUUUUGUACUACUUUGUGGUAAUUUGUUUCAAAAACAAAGCUCCGAAAAUUAGAUUUUGAGGCAGGGACAAUCUACAAGAUGCAAUCACAAAAAUGAACUCAUUAGUCGGGACCCACAAUGAUUGACAUUUUAAUUUAGAGGUUCAAAUUCCCCAACAAAUUUGUAAUUAACUACCAAAACAGUUUGUAUUGGAACCGGACAGGGAGCUAUACAAUUAUUCAGUGAUAUUUACAAUAUCUUAAUAUAUCUUUGUCUCUAGACAAAUUUCUACGUGCUAUUUUGAGACCAUAAAUUCCCAAUGAAGCGUUACAAUUCAUGCAUAUCCAAUGAUCUUUGACUGCCAGUAGCUCUAAGAGUUAAUGCAGUUUGUGUGUACAGUCACGUGAUAUUUGUGGGGGGGAGUGCAAAUCAGCACAGCUGCAGAAAGUUAACCAAAAAUGUGUUAAUCACAUUGCAGAAAUGAAAAUGGAAACAGCAAUCUAUUAGACAUGGGUGAAUAAAAAACAAUAAGUGACUCCAAUAAUAAAAGAAGUCGAUGAUGAUUUGAGGGGAUUUGAGGGGAUUCACAACAGGAAGUGUUUAUGGUACCCAGGCAUAUGAGCUGCACUUCUCACCUUUGAGUGUCUGGCCCCGAAUUCACCUUUUCAUGACCAAGGCACAAUGAGACAGACUCAACUUUUGAAUUUGCUGUGGCAUAAAAAGUGGCUCAUCUGCCAUUUGUGUUUCUGUGCAUAGAAGGAAGCCUGAAGUCAUCUAAAAUAAUUAAAAUCAUUUUCACAAACUUCUAACCCCUAUUUUUAUUUUGUGCACCGCUAAGUUCUUGUUUUUGACUGAGUGGAGAAGUUGACCUUUCUUACCCUUAUUGUAGGCAGCUCAUAUCAGAAAAACAUCAACUACAGAGAAACAUGUUUUUGUUUCAUUAAAGGAAAAACUAUGAGACAUAAUUC